AAGAAUAUCCAAGGAAAAGAAACCUCAAUUUAUCCCCCAAAAAAAAAAAAAAAGAAGGAAAAGAGACCUCAAACUCUAUUAAAUCCAUAUGCAUAUAGAUAUUCUUCUUCCUUAGACAAUCCAAGCUAUAAGCCAAAUUCAUCAAACAACAACUAAAAAAAAAAAAAUCCAGACCAUAUCCCAAUCAACAAUGUCGGAAGCUACACAGAGGUUUGUACUUUCUUGUUACUCCAGUGUCCCAUAUAGUUUUUGCUUUAACUUCUCAAUCACUCCCUUUCGCCACAUGUAUGCAGUAGUAACAGGGGCAAACAAAGGAAUUGGAUUGGAAGUUGUGAAGCAGUUGGCCUCCAAUGGAAUCACUGUGGUGUUAACAGCUAGAGAUGAAAAGAGAGGUCUUGAAGCUGUUGAGAAGUUGAAGGAGAUUGAGCUUUCUGGUCAAGUGCUUUUUCAUCAGCUUGAAGUGACUGACCCUGCUAGUAUUGCUUCCUUGGCACGAUUCAUCAAGACCCAAUUUGGGAAACUUGAUAUCCUGGUGAACAAUGCAGGGGUAAUGGGAGUGAUCGUAGAUGUUGAUGCAUUGACGAAAGCAAAUGAUGGAGAACGUGAUUGGAGGAAAAUAACGUCUCAAACUUAUGAGUUGGCUGAAGAAUGCUUGCAAAUAAAUUACUAUGGUGCUAAAAGAACAGCUGAAGCACUUAUUCCUCUUCUCCAGCUUUCUGAUUCCCCAAGAAUUGUUAAUGUUUCCUCUGCCAUGGGGAAGUUGCAGAACAUAAAAAAUGAUUGGGCAAAAGGAAUUUUUAGUGAUGUUGAAAGCCUGACAGAGGAGAGAAUAGAUGAGGUUUUGAGAGAGUUCCAAAAGGAUUUGAAGGAAGGUUCGCUAGAAAGUAAAAACUGGCCAACUACUGCAUCUGCCUACAUAGUAUCGAAAGCAGCCUUGAAUGCUUAUACAAGGAUUCUAGCCAAGAAGUAUCCUAGCGUCCGAAUCAACUGUGUCUGCCCUGGUUAUGUCAAGACCGAUUUGAACUUCAAUUCCGGCAUCAUAUCUGUCGAAGAAGGUGCUGCAAGUCCUGUGAAGUUCGCCUUGUUGCCAAGUGAUGGCCCUUCUGGCUUUUUCUUUAUUCGGUCCGAAGUGUCAUCUUUUUGAAAUUUUGGAAUCCACUCUUUGAGACAUUUUUUUCUUUGUGGAAUUUUAUAUGAAUUCUCUAAUGAUGUCGUGUUAGUUGUAUUCCAAAUUCCCUAUUUGAAAGGAGCAUGUAAACUUUAUGUUUUUAUAGAACUUCUUUUAAUAAGAUUCAGAUUUCAUUA